AUGUCCGGCAGCACCUACAAAGACGACGAAGUUUCUGCUGGUCUUGUCUACAACGAAGGCGCCUCCGAGAAGGUCGACCGUGCUGGGUAUAACCCCAAGGACGACACCGGUGCCAUCCAGGAGGAUAUAAAUGCGGAGCGCAACGAGGUCAGGGGCAAGGUCUCCCAGGGUGAAGUCAACGACCUUCAGGACGAUUUGAGCGAGCCACCCAAACUGGGUCUUCGUCAACCGCGCCCUGACCCUAUGGCCACCGAUCGCAUGUUGGACAAGAUGGCUGAGUCCGAAGGAGUUUAA